GCGUUCCAGACGUCCGCCAGAAGCAGCAGCAGCAUCUGAAAGCGCCACGCGACGCAGCGACGACCACUUUCUUUGUUCUACAGUUAGCAACCGGUGUCCGUGGUUUCUAGCUUCACGACUUGUUUGCGAUACUUCACAGGGGUGGGGCGAGGGAGAUUCAUUUUCCUUCGUGUGCCUCACUCUUUGCCCCAGUGCUAGGACGGGAAUGAUGAACGAGGGAGGAGAGAUCAAGAUCUACUGCCCAAUCUGCAACUGGGUGGUGAUCAGCCUGCCCGCCCUGGAGGACCACAUGAAGCGGCACAGGGGCCGGACCGAGUCGGUGCUGUACCAGUGCCCCCACUGCCCGUACAGCACGGACAAAGCGGCCACUCUGAUCGGCCACCAGAGGAGCCACGCCGACGAGAAGCCCUACAAGUGCUGGGUGUGCGGUGAAGUUUUCGCGAAUUCGGGAGACUUCUGCUCCCAUCAGAGCGUGCACAUGAAGCGGGUACGACGCAGGAAGUCGAUCGUCCCACUGCCCGGAGAUGUCUCACCGGAAGAGAGGAUCCUCGCAGGCGAGAGGCCGUAUGUGUGCACGGUGUGCGGCAAGGCGUUUGUGCGCUCGGACACCCUCGUCAUCCACAAUCGGGUCCACACGGGUGAGAAGCCGUACAAGUGCGCCACGUGCGGCAAGGCAUUCAACCAGUCGACAGCGCUCCUCAACCACAAGAGGACCCACACGGGCGAGAAGCCCUACGGGUGCACGGUGUGCGGGAAGCGAUUCGCCCAGUCGAGGGUUCUCGUCAAACAUGAGAGGACCCACACGGGUGAGAAGCCCUACAAGUGCGCCACGUGCGGAAAGUCAUUCGCCCAGUCGGGCACCCUGGGCAUCCACAAGCGCACCCACACAGGCGAGAGACCGUACACGUGCGACGUGUGCAACAGAUCGUUCACGCACUUGGGCAACCUCAAAGUACACAAGAAGACGCACGCGGGCGGGAGGGCGUUCACGUGCCCCAUGCGCGGGAAGGCCUCCUCCGAGGCAAGGAGCCUCCGGGCAUGCCGGAAGGCCCGCGCGGGCUCGAGCGAGUCAACGCCGCCGGCCCAUCCCCCUCUCCUCCGCCGCCGCGCCCGCGGUAGGGCCAGGCUCCACGAGGGCGUGACUGCCACUGAGGAGAUCGUAGCGAGCCUCGGGGGCGAGGGUCCCGCAGCGACCCCCUCUGCGACUCCUUUGGCGACCCCCUCAGCAUCGCUAAAAUCACAACACGGAGAGACCCUCAGCUUCGAGACGUGGCCAGGGGUGAAGGUGGAAUGCAACGGUGAAGAUCCUUCUGCCUCCCUACAGAUCAUGAAGCAGGAGCGCGAGACUUGGCCAGGGGUGAAAGUAGAACUUGGGGGGGAGGAUUCUUCAGUUCUUCUUUCGAUCGUGAAGCAGGAACAGGAAAAAAGCCCCGGUUGUCAGACACGGCUGGGGUUAAGUUGGCACACGGGAGACCGAGUCUCUGCUUUGGGAACAAAAGUUGAGGUCUACGUGGGAAGAGUCAAGGAGGAGGCUCCAAGCAAGCAUGUCGAGUGAGACCGUUCCUCACUCUGCAAGGGUCAACCGUGUCUGGUGCCAAGGGGGGUGACGCACUGCCGCCGGCGGACGAGCUGCAAGCGAUAUCUGGCGACGUGACCAUCGCGCACAUGACUGUAGACGGAGCCAGACCCAUCGAUCUCUGCCAGCACGGGCACCGCAGUCAGCGUGAGCAGCAUGCCGACUCGACAACCACUGCAGCGGUGGACGCAGAGCCUGGCUGGAUGCAGCCGAGUAAAAUCACAUGCCGUGUGCCGACAUACACCCACCAACCCAACGCAUCCUGCUGGGGACCUGAGGUGUUUUCGUUUCAAGGAAAGACCGCUAUCAAGCCGAUCACCGCCUCUGGACCCCAGAACCACCAAUAGCAGAAAUCGUACGUGAACAUAGUCAAACCAUACUACCCGCUAUAAUUAUUGGACCUCUUGGUGACUGCCCUCCAACACACACACACACAAUGCACAUAUCGGUACAAAUAAGAUUGUUCCGCGGGGUUUUGGUUUCGCAUAAGGUUGCCAUUCCAAGAUGGUGUGUUACUGAUUAACUGGUCGUGGAGAAGCAUUGUUCUGUCCCUGAAGUUGCAUGAAUACGGUCGUUUAGCAGUAUUUUAGUCAUUUGUUUCUUUUCAUCACGUAAUCUUGGCAAUUAAUGCAUUGAUGUCAUACGGGCCAUUGAUACACAUCUAUUAGCCAAAUCUACACACUGGCAUGUACGCUAUUCUUUCUGGAUAUUUCUUUAAUUGCAUAAGCAUACCAAUUCAUUGAUGUCAUACUAGCCAUUGAUAAGCGUCUAUUAGCCAAAUCUACGCAUUGUCAUGUACACUAUUGUUUUGGGAUAUAUUUUUCUAAUUGCGUAAUCGUGUCGUUAAAUCCACCACCACCCGACACAGCCAACUAGUAAGGGUUGUCACGUAAACAACAUGCCAAUUUGUCACUAGAACAGCUUGCAAGUGUGUUGGAGAGCCAAGCCACAACAUUUACAAUCUGAGUACAACAUUUUGCCAGUAAUUACAACUAGUUUCAUCAGGCGACAGCCAUAUUUAUGGAGAAGUCCACCUUUUCAUUCCUUAUAUAGAUGCGUAGAUGUGGUGACGAAACUUCUGCGCUCUUGAGUCAACGUAUAUUAUGCUUGCACAUUAUGCUGGCCCAUUGAUCUUGUCCUUCCUGUCCAUUGUGUGUAUUAAAAUAGCCGUACCAACGGUAAUCCCUAUUGAAGUAUGGUGGCCUGUAUAGGCAUGCAUUUAAACAAUGUAUUUGAUGAUUCGCUUUCACACAGCACUAAGUCGGUAGCUAUCCGAACGGUUAAAAUUAUUUUUAUUUCUUUAAAUAUCGAUGGAUUAUCUAAUUAGUCUUGGCCAGUAGUAGCUAGUUUUGCACAGAACAUGAUAAAAAAUAAAUUGAGUGUCCUUGUUGGCACGCGUGUUCUGCUACUGCUGACAGUUGUAUUUGGGAGUAUUUAAUAUUUAUUUCGUGUUCUUUUAGUCUCGUGCUGAUCAUUCGCCCUAAUUGCCCAACAUAGCAUUUGCCACAAGUGCAGUUAAUCCGAUACUCACCUUCUGUUGAUAGCUUCGGUAAUACCUCUUUUGUACCAGAUAUUAAUUUCUGUAUUUUAUGUACCGUGCCAAAUCUAAUUCGAAUGUUUUGUUUUUCCAAACAUCUGGCUAGUUUAUCAGUUACUCCCGCAAUGUAUGGUAUUUUGAUCGUUUUAAUUACUUGGGAAGUUUCAAUGCUCGUGUUAUUUGAUUUGAUUGUGGCAUUCAAUGCCCUGUUGAUUUGUGCAUCAUUGUAACCGUUCAUUUGCAGCGCUUCCUUAACAUGUUUAAUUUCGCUUCUCAGACUAUCACCAUCUGAUACUUUCUUAUCCCGAUGAAUGAGCGUCUUGAUGAGAGCAGAUUUUUGUGUGGGGCGAUGGUGUGACUGCAUUCAGAUAGGCGUCGGUGUGCUUUUUCUUUUGGCAAAUGCUGUGUUAUUUGAUCAUUUUGACCCCGUCCGAGCAGAAUAUCCAGAAAUGGUAGAGUUCUGUCAGCUUCCACUUCCAUGGUGUACUGGAUGGAUGGGUUUUGCGAGUUGAGAUUUAGAAAUUCGUUAAGUUUAUCUUUGCCGCGUGGCCAGACCACCUUUGUGUCAUCCACAUCUAAACUAAACAGAGUGUUUUAGUGUGCUUGAAGCUAUUGCUUUUGUUUCAAAAUCUUCCAUGUACAAAUUCGCUAUCACAGGAGAUAAAGGAGAGCCCAUUGCUGCCCCUAGCAAGAAAUAGAUGUUCUUUAGACAGUGUUCAGCUAGUCUUGGGAUAUAUUUGGCUAAACCUAUGUUCGUUACCAGAGUGUCGAGUAAUUUAAUUGACUCGUUUACCGGAACCCUCGUGAAAAGAGAAGUCGCAUCAAAACUUACGAGGCUAUAAUUAGAGUUAAGCUUAAUAUGUUUAAUUAUAUUUCCGAGAUGUUCAGAGUUUGUGAUGAACGAAGAGGUCCUACCGAUGUUGGGCUGUAUUUGUUUCCUUACGUAUUGUGUUAAUUUCUAUUUGGCAGAGCCUAUUGUACUAUGGUUCUUAAUGGGACAUCAGGUUUGCGAAUCUUUGGUAGCCCAUAAAGUCAUGAUGGUUUUGAUGCCCUUGGUUUGAUCAGGAAUUGCUCUUCCUUGUGUAGCCGGUAUGGGCUUAAUGUAAAUGACCCACAAGUAUAAUUGUGAAUGAAUAUAAUAAUGACCAUGGAUUAAGCCCAUAGGGUCACGUGGGUGCACAGUAGGCCACGCCCACCAGUAGAGUAAUUAAUUCAGGGUACAGGACGCCUAUUCAGAUUCAGGUAGAUGUCGUACAGACGCACGAAUGCUCCUCAGAAGAACACUUUGAAAUAAAGAGUUGCAGUCACACAAUCCUAUGGUGUCCCUUGGUGGUGGAGUCAUCCAAUUCUCAGGAGGGCAGAUCACAACGCAGAGUAUCCACUCAUCGCCUCCGAACUCAUCUACUAUAAUUGUUUUUUUUGUACUCAUUAACCGGCCUGACCCCUCGUAAUGAACACGGGAGGAGAGGGAUAGGGCGGGCCGGUUACACUUGGUGCCGUGACUCUUUUCCUUAUAAGCCAUUGUCAUUUGGCAGCCGAGGUUGUGUUGCAGAAAACCCUAGAGGAAACCUUCAAAAGGACUCAUCAACUCGGGGACCCAUGGGAGGUCAGGAGACCACCGACACAUUGCACAUAAGGAGGCUGAUCAAUAGGUUGGACAGGGUCUUGGAGCAGCAGGUACAAGUGUCUGGGAUGGGACAACAUCUGAUGAGAGGAAACCUAUUGCGAUUACUCAAGGCGUGUGGUGUGUGCAAUGAAGAAAACCACACAACACUACUGCACUGCAGUAGGGCCAACUUUUGUUUGUUGUGCUUUGCAGCUGGUCAUUGGAAACAGGUUCGCCCCCUACAGAACAGACGGACAGCAGAGGGACCAGGCAAUCGAAUGUCUUCACAUCAGCCGCCGUUAAACUAGAUCACUCGCUUCGCAAAGAGGGUCUGUGUGGGUGUUAAUAAUUCCCUCUAACAGGUUGAAGUCGACGUACAACAAUGGCAUGCUGAGGUCCAAGGAGCAUUGUCGAAGGACCACACACUAGUUAUCCAGGGAUCUCAGAGAACCCAAGACCUGUAUACCAGGAGAGCUAGUUAACAUUUCGCCACGGUGGAGUCAACUCUGCUAAUUGCAGGUGCGGGGAAAUGACAACAAACUAGACACACGACGCGUGCGAGUCGCACAAGUGCGGUGAAGACGUCGGCGGCGGCGAAACGUCGUACUCAGAUUGUGAUUGUGGAUUUACUCUCCAACACACCGGUGUGCUGUACUAGUGUAGAGAAAGUGCAUGUGUGGAGACAGUAUGUGUGUGGAGACAGUAUGUGUGUGGAGACGGUGCGGGUGCAAAGACAGUCCGUGGACUAGCGGUCACGAUCGGGAAUUACAGGGUUGAUAAAUAAGACGUCGAGUUGUCGCAAGGGGGAAUCGCCAUGGAAGUUCAGGAAUGGGCCAGAGAGUUCAAGAAAGGGGGCGUGGCCAGGGGCGGAGUGAGUGAUAAAAGGAGGCGACAAGCACGGUUCGGGCUGCCAUGGGAUCGGGGUCGUCUCCACGCCGUCGCUGUCUUCAUGUCGGUGCGGUCUUCGCGUUGCCGCUGUCUUCGCGUCAUCGUUAUUUGCGUGUCAUCCUUGUCCAAGUUAUCUGCGUGAAGCGCCCUAAUCAAAAUAAAGAAUGC